AUGGACUACAUAUAUAACCUGGACGCUAUAGAAACAAUGAAAUUAGUAGAAGACCAUAAUAGUUUUUCUCCCGGCGGUAGAGGAGGCGGUGGCGGCGGAUUCGGUGGCGGUAGAGGAGGUGGUGGAAGAGGCGGCGGGGGUGGUCGUGGUGGUUUUGGAGGAGGUGGCCGUGGAGGAGGCCGAGGGGGAUUUGGAGGAGACCGGGGACGUGGAGGUUUUGGUGGGGACAGAGGACGCGGAGGAAGAGGUGGUUUUGGAGGCGACCGAGGACGUGGAGGUCGUGGAGGAUUUGGAGGUAGAGGUGGCGGCGGGGGUCGAGGAGGGCGCGGAGGCAGGGGAGGUGGCGGUUUUAAAGGAGGAAAAACAGUCGUGAUUGAACCACAUAGGCAUGAAGGUGUCUUCAUUGCCAGAGGGAAGGAAGAUGCUCUUGUCACAUUAAAUUUUGUACCUGGAUCCGAAGUUUAUGGAGAAAAGAGGAUAUCUGUGGAGGAAGAUGGCAAAAAAAUUGAAUACAGAGUAUGGAAUCCAUUUAGAAGCAAGUUAGCGGCAGCCAUACUAGGAGGUGUAGGAAGUAUCCACAUGCCUCCAGGCAGCAAAGUCUUAUAUCUUGGCGCUGCCUCAGGUACCACCGUGUCACACGUAUCAGAUAUUGUUGGACCAGAAGGUCUCGUAUAUGCAGUCGAAUUCUCACACAGAUCAGGAAGAGAUCUUAUAAAUGUCGCAAAAAAACGAACCAAUAUAAUCCCCAUAAUCGAAGACGCGCGACACCCCCAUAAAUACAGAAUGCUAGUGGGAAUGGUAGAUACAGUAUUCGCCGAUGUUGCCCAGCCCGAUCAGGCUAGGAUCGUUGCCUUGAACUCUCAAUAUUUCCUUAAAAAUGGAGGACACUUUGUUAUUUCGAUUAAGGCCAGUUGCAUAGAUUCUACGGCACAACCGGAGGCAGUAUUUGCCGCAGAAGUGGCCAAAUUAAGGGCGGAUAAAUUGAAACCUCAGGAACAAAUCACGUUGGAACCAUAUGAAAGAGAUCACGCGGUGGUCGUCGGUACGUACCGAACAGAUGCUAAAAAGGCUUCGGAAGAUAGUUGAAAAAAAAAAAGAAUUUUUUAAGACUCUGUAUUAGUUUAUAGGUUUGUUACUGGUAAAUGACGUAAGUAAAAAAAAAGUUUAAGGAUUCUAAAUGUUCUUAUUUGGGGACUUUAUAUUCACAUGUUUCGAUUGAUAAACAUAUGCAUUUAGCUCUUUUGCUCUGGACAACUAAAAUUCUGUAAAUGGGAAGACUACUGGUUCAUUAAUUUUUUGGAUUUUAUAUGUAUGUAUUAAGAUAAUAUUUUUGUUACACUUUUCAUUUUGCCACAAGAGUCAUGUGCAUUAUAUUUUAGUAUAUUAAUUUCAGGAAAAUCGUUUUUAAAGAAGCUGUUUUUAGAUAUAAAGUUUAUAAAAAACGUACCGUACA